CAAUGUAUUCCACAAAAUUACCCCGAGAUUCAGUCACCGAUAAGCCGAAGGCAACGGCGGUUCCUAACCCUAUCUCGGACUCUGCCCAACGAGCUCAUAAAUGAGACACAUCAGCUGCCCCCACUGAAGAAGAUGGUUCUAGAGUGCAGCGUGAUUGAAAACGAUAUCAUUCGCCAGCGUGCAGUACUCGACGGCGAAAUUGCAUAA